UGAAACUCAACUUCUCUUUCUUCCCAAAUUUAGUCUGUCUUGAUCUUAGUAGGAACAAACUUCAUGGGCGUAUCCCACCUGAGAUAGGGAUGUUAAAAAAUCUGACCUAUUUAUCCCUUUAUUCAAACAUGCUCGUAGGUCCAUUCCCUACCACUCUGGGUCAUUUAACUAAUUUGAAAUAUUUAAACCUUGGUCUGAAUAAAAUCAAUGGUUCCAUUCCUCCUGAAAUAGGGAUGCUAAAAAAUCUGACCACUUUAUCCCUUUAUCCAAACAUGCUCAUCGGUCCAAUCCCUACCACUCUGGGCCAUUUAACUAAUUUGAAAAUUUUAUACCUUAGUCAGAAUAAAAUCAAUGGAUCAAUUCCUCCCGAAAUAGGGAUGCUAAAAAAUCUGACCCAUUUAUGCCUUAGUUCGAACAUGCUUGUUGGUCCAAUCCCUUCGACAAUUGGUCAUUUAACGAAUUUGAGAUAUUUCGACCUUGGUCCGAAUAAAAUCAAUGGAUCCAUUCCUCCCGAAAUAGGGAUGCUGAAAAAUCUGACCACUUUAGACCUUCAUUCGAACAUGCUCUUCGGUCCAAUCCCUUCCACAAUUGGUCAUUUAACUAAUUUGAAAUAUUUGGACCUUAGUCGGAAUAAAAUCAAUGGAUCAAUUCCUCCCAAAAUAGGGAUGCUAAAAAAUCUGACCUCUUUAUCCCUUGGUUCGAAUAUGCUUGUUGUUCGAAUCCCAACCACUCUGGGUCAUUUAACUAAUUUGGAAUCUUUGGACCUUAGUCGGAAUAAAAUCAAUGGAUCCAUUCCCCCCGAAAUAGGGAUGCUAAAAAAUCUGACCCAUGUUAACCUUAGCCAUAACUUUAUUAGUGGAGAAAUACCUACCGCACUUGGGACCAUUGGCCCUCUAUUGACCUUGGAUCUUAGCUACAAUAAUCUAACAGGCAACAUUCCCUCUUUUCUCAUUGGUAUAGAUACACUCGACUUGUCACAUAAUUCUUUGAAGGGUCGAAUUCCAAAUGUUUAUAGUCUGCAUUAUACCCCCCACACAUUAAUUGGCAAUAGGGAUUUAUGUGGUCAAUUCAAGAUUUUCCCUCCAUGUCCCAAAAGCAGAAAUUCAACCAUAACCAAAAUAGAAAUUUUUGCUCCCAUCACCACUUUCCUCGCAUUCCUGGUUAUUGGAGGUAUUCUCUUAUCUCGUUGUAUGUUCAAGAAAAAUCAGAUUGAGUCUAGGGGAUCAAAGAAUGGAAACAUAUUCUCGAUAUGGAAUUAUGAUGGACAUAUUGCAUAUGAAGACAUCAUUGAAGCAACCGAGGAUUUUGACAUCAAAUAUUGCAUUGGAACUGGUGGUUAUGGUAGCGUUUACAAAGCAGAAUUACCAAACGGAAAUAUGGUUGCCUUAAAGAAACUUCAUCAAAGAGAAGCUGAGAAUCCAGUUUUCUUAAGGAGUUUUAUGAAUGAGGUGAGGGUGUUAACAGCGAUUAGACAUCGAAAUAUUGUGAAGCUGCAUGGGUUUUGUGUACAUAAAAGAUGCAGAUUUUUAAUUUAUGAGUACAUGGAAAGGGGAAGCCUAUUUUGUGUCCUAAGAAAUGUUGAUGAAGCUAUGGAAUUAGAUUGGAGCAAAAGGGUAAAUAUCAUCAAAGUCACAGCACACGCCUUAUCUUACAUGCAUCAUGAAUGCACCCCAGCAAUUGUUCAUAGAGAUAUAUCAUCUAACAACAUUUUGCUGAACUCCGAAUUCCAAGGUUUUAUCUCUGACUUCGGAAUUGUUAAACUUCUUGACCCUGACUCCUCCAAUCAAACAUUGGUUGCUGGCACUUAUGGUUACAUUGCCCCAGAGUUUGCCUACACAAUGACAGUUACUGAAAAAUGUGAUGUAUAUAGCUUUGGAGUGGUGGCACUAGAAGUAUUAAUGGGAAGGCAUCCGGGAGAACUCUUGUCCUCAUUAUCAUCAUCAUCAUCUCAAAAUAUGACGGUAAAUGAAAUAUUAGACCAACGCCUGCCACCUCCAAAUUGUCUAAUUGGACAGGAGAUUUUGCUUGUUGCUACAAUAGCAUUUGCAUGCCUGCACACACAGCCAAAGUCUCGGCCUACAAUGAAAUGUGUGUCACAAGAAUUUCUCUCUCUCAAGAAGCCGAAUGCCAUGCCCUUGACUACGGUUUCACUUCCGCAACUGAGGAAACAAGCAGCAUAUAUGGCUGGAUCAGGAUUUGCUUAUUGUUAGGGUGUUUUGUGUGCUGUCAAGGUGAAAGAGUUGGAAACCAAGCCCGUAGAAUAACAGCACUCAGAAUCUGCAUAUUUUCAACAGAAGGAGCAAAAGGCAAUGCUGGAGAAUGAGGCCCUGCGCAAUUAGCUUGAGCAAAAACAAAGAAACGUCACCAAGUUUCCCUUGAAUUCGAGCCUGAAGAGAGGAGGUUUUCCCUAACAGUUUCAAAAGCUGUUUCUACCUCAUCUGAGGAAAAUGAGCAUUCAGACACUUGUUUGCAAUUGGCGUAUGUCACAAGUUUGCAUGAGUUCAAUAUGUGCAAAUGUAUUGCCCCCCUCUCCAAAACCACAAAAAAAGAGAAGGGGGGGGGGGGGGGGGGCAAAUGGGCCUUCUUGUUGUGAAAAUCAGAAGAUGUGAUUUUUCAAAAGGGUAUUAUUUGUUCGAUGGUAUUUUAUAGGAAGUCAUAUUAGAAAUUGGUGAUAAAUUAGUUUCUUCUUUGGGAUGCACUAGAAGAAUUGGUUAUGGUUUGAUUCAUUUGAAUAUGCUGUAAUCAAACUUAUGAUAUUAAUCAAGUGUGCUAUAUAUUCCUGAUAUGACUGGAAGCUAGUUUGAUUGUAAUUGUCCAUGAUUUAUGUUGAUUUUGUUAUUAUUUGUGGUCGUGAGUUAAUUUUAUCAUGUGCAGACUUCUAUGGCAUUUACUAGCCUUGUUAUUGCAGCCGUCCCAACACUAAAUGUAAGCUGACUGGUGUUUUGUUUAAGCUCAUAAUAUCUUUGUAUUGCUUGCCCCAGCAUUAUAUAUGAUAAUAUUAUUCAUCUCACUCAUGAUGAUGAUGAUUGUGACUGUCCUUUUGAUUGUGUUUAAAACUUUAUCAUGGGGCUCAAGUGACCUAGACAUUACAGUCACUACCCAUUUAUGCUUCGAUCUUCUAGCCUUUUUUAUCUUGACGUUUCCUUUAUAGGCCUGUAAUGGGACAAAGUGUUUUGCUUUUUUCCCUUGUGUGAUCUAAAAUAGGUGACAAAGUGCUUUACAUUUUUCACAAACAAUUGUUUCCAUUCUAUUGCUCUUUCAGCUAAUUGCUAAAGGUCUAAUCCGAAUUAUCAGAUGUAAUUUCACAAUGGGUGCCUGAUAUGUGUAGUUAUGCACAUUCUUCUAUUUUGGUAGUGCCUAAAUCCAAAGAGAGUAUUACUCGUUUGUUCAAAGAGAUGUGUAGUUAUGCGCAUUCUUAUGCACAUUAAAGCCCUAGAUUUUAGAGUAUCUGCUACUAUGCAUGCUUGACUUGUCCUCAUAUAAUCUUUUCUGGUCUGGCUUAAGAAUGAGGGUUUUCUUUCAUAUACCAGAUAUGUGAUCCCUAGCUUGUCUCAAAAUUUUCUCCACAGCCAAUUUCUUAAGUUUGUAAGCAUGUUGUUUCAAUUUGAUAAGAUCCUCAUUUUACACUUUCUGUUCGAUCUUAUAUUUUUUGGCCAUGCAGUUGCAAUUGCAGUGACCAUUAUAUAUGUAAACCACACUGGAUUAGGUAAACCAAACAUUAGAGUGGAUGCUCUAGAAAAAUACUCAUAUUGUUUUUUUGAAAAUUUAUUCUUGUAAUCUCUAGCCUUUAGUCUUAAUUCUUUUUUGUUAUUUAUACUCUUUCAGGAUUUUGGAACUUGUGUCCAAAGCAUGGCUUGCAUAUGCAAAAAUUGUGAAUGUUUAUGCAGUUCCUUUUUUUCUUUUUAAAGAAAUCAAAUUUCAUUUUUAUUUUUUUGACAUAUCUAUCCGAGAGUUUUAUAUCUUUCAUAUGAUUUGCUGCUUAAUGCUUGCUCCGGCAUUGACUUAAGUUUUUCUGCUUUUCAAUCUCCCUUGGUUGCCUGUCUUGUCCUAAUUAAUACUAAACUGGUAUUAUGUGGUGUGGUUGUUAUAGUCUGUCAGCAUUAAUAAGUUCUUGAAGCCUGCUCCAGGAGAAAGGUACUACAGCCCAAGUAGUCGUGGCAGCCUCAUUCUUGGAGAAUAUUGCAACACAAAUUUUCUAAAAAGAUUGAGUGAUUCAACUUGGUGCAGAUAUAGAUCAACUCAAGCAACAUCAUAAAAAAUUCAAUAUCCUCUCAAUAAAUCCUGCAGAAAAGUACACAACAUACUGAAUUAUGUAUUAAACUAUGGUUCAUAUAUGAUGUGUACCACUUUAUUUUGGAAACUUGUAUCAAACACAGUUGACAUUAGGCAUGUAUGGUACUUUAUUUUGUAAA